UCACCCAUGCACACUUAUCGAUUUUUCUCCGCCUCUCUCUCUCUCUCUCUCUCUUUCGAAAAGUUGAAAACUUGAAGCAAUCAACUCCACAUUUCCCCCUCAGUUUUAGGGCUUCCUUUUUCCAUUUUUUUUUUUGUUUGUUUGAUUUGGGGAUUCUUUCACUGAUUCCUUUCUUUUUCCUACUCAAGCAAAACUUAUCAUCAAGUCUGAUCUUCUUUUUUCUCUCAAGAAAGUAAUUUUUUUUGCCUUGAUUCUUCACUGUUGUUUGCUUCUUUUCCCUUACCCUUGAUUUAGAAUUUCACUUUUCUUUUACUUGGUUUGGGGUUUAUUCUCUCUUUUUCUUUUCUUUUUUUCUGUCUUUGGAAACCCACUCUCUUGGUUUUGCAUUGUCUAUAAAAAUCACUUCUUUUGCCUUUUUCUUCUGGGUUUUUUUUUGUUUAUCGUCCUUUCUGUUUAAAAGUAUGUUUUCUAACCAAAUUUCCUAUAAAAAUACCCAAAUUGUUAACUUUAAGAAAAACCCAUUUCUCCAUUUUCACCUAAAUUUGGAUCUUUCUACACCCUUUCAUUGAUUUUCAAUAUCCUUUGAGGCCUUUUCUCAAACACUUAAGCUACACUUUUUGGAACAAAAAAAAAAAAUCAUUUUUUUAUGUUUUGAAAUCAUGGGGUGUGUUCAUGGAAAGUGUUGUACUAGAUAUCCAUCGUCAUCUGAUGGUGAUUCAGGUCGCCGUAGAGAAAAGAGGCCUUACAAAUGCAAACACAUUCUUACACAAAGGUCAUUGGAGUUGGUUCCUGUUCCAUCUCACAACUUCACUUUGCAGUUCUCUGUCUUAACACAGCAUGGUUAUUAUCCAGACACGGUUGAGAGGGAAAACCAGGAUAGUUUCUGUAUCAAAACACAACUUCAAGGUAACCCGAAUAUUCAUUUCUUUGGUGUCUUUGAUGGACAUGGUCAAUAUGGUGCUGAAUGUUCAAACUUUGUUAAGGAUAGACUUGUAGAAAGAUUAGCUAAUGACACCACAUUGUUGGAUGAUCCUUUAAAAGCUUAUAAUUCAGCUUUUUUAGCUACAAAUUCUGAGUUACAUGAUAGUGAGAUUGAUGAUACCAUGAGUGGUACCACAGCAAUAACUGUGCUUGUUGUUGGGGAUACACUUUAUGUUGCUAAUGUGGGCGAUUCAAGAGCUGUGAUUGCUGUUAAGGAUGGGGAUCGAAUUUUGGCUGAGGAUUUAUCUGAGGAUCAAACACCAUUUAGGAAAGAUGAGUAUGAAAGGGUGAAGCUUUGUGGUGCUAGGGUCUUGAGCGUUGAUCAAGUGGAAGGCCUUAAAGACCCCAAUAUUCAAAAUUGGGGCGACGAAUAUAGCCAAGGUGGUGAUCCUCCGAGGUUGUGGGUUCCUGAUGGAAUGUAUCCUGGGACUGCAUUUACGAGGAGUGUAGGCGAUAGUACAGCGGAGAAGAUUGGUGUGAUUGCUGUUCCUGAGAUCUCGGUUGUUCGGCUUACGUGUAAUCAUCUAUUCUUUGUUGUUGCAAGUGAUGGAGUUUUCGAGUUUCUCUCUAGCAGAACUGUUGUCAACAUGGCAGCGGAAUAUGCAGAUCCUAGGGAUGCUUGUGCUGCAAUUGCUGGAGAAUCCUACAAGCUUUGGUUGGAUAAUGAAAAUCGGACCGAUGAUAUUACAAUCAUCAUUGUACAGAUUAAAGGCUUGUCUAAUUCAGGUGCUAGUGCUACGGAUAAUGAAGUAGAUUGCGGGCCAAUGCUUAUGAAGUCAAUCAAGGGAAGUUUCGAUACGAGCAGUGUCUCAGAGCCGGAAGAAACAUAUGGUUCGGUAAGAACUGAUUUGUAUGAUACACAACAGUCUUGUCAACAUAGUGUUUCGAUGAAUCGAAGUGCUGCCAUUGUUGUUCCGUCACCAAUGAUGCAUCAGAGACCUUCACAAUUGGAUGUGGGGUAAGCACAAAGGGAAACAAAGAGAGUUACCUUUUUCACCACAAGAUUCACUUGGUGAAUGAUCUCAAGGCCCUAUCAUGGUGACUGUGAUCUUGCACCCGGUACGAUCUGAACAGGUAGAGAAAAAGAACCCAUCUUUUGAAGGUUGAAGGUAAUUAUGUUAGCAAGUUACUUGAUGGAAACACGGAAUCGGAAAUAUGAAGAACUCCCCUUUUGUUUAUUGCCUCUAAAGCACUACCAUGAGGAGACAUAAGCUGUUUCCCGCACACUGCUGGGAUUAUGUGAGGCAUAGAGAUAUAAGACUUGAUUGUUAACUGCUCACCAUGGAUUCUAUUAUUCUCAUGUGAAAUAUAUCAAUUGUAAUGACUUCAGUGCAUAAGCUACAUAAUUGACAAAUUAACGGCCUUUAUGUUCCA